AUGCCCUCGCGUGACUCCGUGCUUGCCGGGAUAGACACGUCCAACCGCGCCUUCUUCACUAUCCACAAUUGCAACAGAUGGUUGCAGCUGCGGCUCGAGGGCAUCUCGCUGAUGCUCUUCCUCUCAGUCGGCUGCUUCGGGAUCCAGGGGCGCGCUGCCGGUACGAUAUCGACUGGCUUCAUGGCCCUGGCGCUCUUCUACACGACCACCUGCGCGGGGCUCCUGAACUUCGGCCUGCGGAUGUUCUCGGAGACCGAG